CGGCGGGUGGGGCGGUGUGCGCCGCCCGCCCCGGGCGCACGUGCCGCCCCGCCCCGCCGGUUUCACAACCGCGGCCCCGCCGAUGUUUUCCUGCCCGGCACCGGGCGCAUGGCGCGGCCGCCGCGGACGCUGCUCCUCGUCCUCCUCCGCCUCCUGCUCCGCCUCGCCGCCGCCGGGCGGCCCUGCGGCCCCGCCAGACUGCCACGGGACACGGUGUUGGGCCGCCUGGGAGCCAACAUCACACUGACCUGCCAGGACGAGGUGCCUGCAAAUGCCUCGGUGCUGUGGCAGGUGGAGGAGCAGGGGGCAGCAGGGGGCUGGGGACGGCGGCUGGCCGAGGGGAACACGCUGCUCCUGCGGCGCCUGCGCUACGAGGACUCGGGGCACUACAGCUGCUCCGCGGGGAGCCGCCUGCUGCGCUCCCUGCGGCUGCUGGUGGCAGAGCCCCCUGAAACUCCCCAGGUCUCCUGCUACCGGCGGAGCCACGACAAGGAUGUGCUGUGUGAGUGGCCACAGCAGGAGAAGCCAUCCCCAGGGACACGGGCGAUGCUCUGGGUGAAGCGGAGGUUUGUGGCUGCGAAUGCCACAGAGCAGCGGUGCCGCUACUUCUCCAAGGCACGAAAGUUCGUUUGCCGGGUGAAGGUGCCACCUGGCACCGAUGACACCAGACACCUUGUGGUGUCCACGUGCGUCAGCAACAGCGCUGGUGGCUCGGCCGGCAAAGACAAGAUCAUCACCCUCAGCAGUGUCCUGAAGCCAGACCCCCCAGUCAAUGUGACAGUGGAGGCUCUGGAGAAGGCGCCGCAGCGGCUGCAGGUGAACUGGUCCUACCCCCCAUCCUGGGACCCCCGUUUCUACUGGCUGCGCUUCCAGGUCCGCUACCGCCCUGAGCCCGCCCCGACCUUCAUGGAGGUGAGACCCUGCCUGCUGGUGUGCCUGUCCCUGGCCAGACUACCCCCAGCCCUGUGUCCCCUGCAGGUGGAUCAGGUGACAACAACGUGGCUGGACAUCCGUGACGCGUGGCGAGGGACGAGGCACGUGGUGCAGGUGAGGGCCAAGGACGAGUUUGGCCACGGCGCGUGGAGUGAGUGGAGCCAGGAGGCUGUGGGCACCCCCUGGACAGACCCUUGGGACCUCACCUCUGAAAUGGAGCCCUUCAGCUCACAGGUCCCCAUGGAAGAUGGCACCUAUGGGGUGACACUGUCCCCCAGGCUCUUCGGGGAGGAUGAUACUAAUGGUGCUGGUGGGUCUGCCAUGGAAUCCAGCACCCAUCCUGUGGCAUCCCCCUACGCCUUCCUGGUCACUGGGGGGAGUCUGCUCCUUGGCAUCGCCCUCUUUGUUGGCAUUGUGGUGAGGUACAGGCAGACAUGGUGGACAAGCAGGCAGGAGACAACCAAGCCAGAGGGCGAGGGGCAGCAUAUGCUGGUCCCCCUAGGCCUCCCCCUGCCCACACUCAGUGAUACCCCUCUGCUCUCACACCCUGCCCCCUCAGCCCCUGGAGUGCUCCACACAACUCAUGCAGAUUUUUCCUCCUCAGGGCACUAGUCAGGGGCUGAAUAUGCUGGGAGGUGCUUGGGGGUUGGAUGGGGAGCCCCAAGGCUGUGAUGUGGCUUCUGGGAGCUGUUCCUCCCCACUAUCUAGUGGUUCUGUGGCUGGGACAAGCCUCUGAGGAGGAGAAUCAGUGCCACCCCCCAUGGAGAAGCAGCUGGGAAAGGGCCCCAAAGUGAGUCCUGGGGCACCUUCAGCACCCUGGCCAAGCUGGCGUGGCCAGGAGUGACAGCGCUGGAAGCGUGGCUGCACCAGAGCUCGCUCAGGACCGGGUUUGGGGGUCCCCAGGGAAGGGCCUGGGGGUCAGGGAGGGAGGGUCUGGCUGGAUCAGGCCCCCAUACCUCUGCUCCAGCCCCCUCGGGGCUCCUUUUCAAAGCACGUUGGGGAAACAAGACAAUGUGACUCAAAUAAAUGCUUUGGAUUUA